UCUGUCUAGAUCUAUAGGCCCCUAGAUCUUGUUUUGUUUUGAAAGAGCAGAGAGAGAUGUAAACAAUUGAGAUUUGCUUUUGAAGAAGUGGUUCAUAGGUAGCUCUCAUAAAAUGGCAACACCUUUUGAGCAAGGCCUCAAUAGGAUGCUGCAGGACCCAUCGUGGGGGAAAAGUUCUUACAUUAUACAUGCAGUUAACUCAGAUGCCAUACAUUUGCUGAAGGAAGCUCUUGCAUUUUGUGGUGAAUACAUAAACGACCUUACAGAAGGCGAAGGAGUGACUGCUCUGUACCAUGCUGUCUUCAGGGGGAAUAAGGAGUCUGUGGAUUUGUUGCUGCGAGCAGGGGCAGAUCCGAAUAAGACUGGAAGGCACAGGUCAACCCCCUUUGCAAUGGCUGUGCAGUUCAGGAAUAUGGACUUAGUAAAGACACUUUUGCAGCAUGGUGCUAAUAUCAAUUCAUAUCAGAUGCCGAAUGCACAUUCGAUUAACUACAGUCCCUUGGGACUUGCAGCAAAUAACAAUGACGUAGAUGUCAUGAAGUUACUUGUAAAUGCUGGAGCACGGCUGACAAAAGUUGCUGUUAUUGCAAGUCAGUCGUUAUUCUACAGUUCUCUUGAUCUGUGCUUGAUACAUUUCCACCUAGAAGCUACUGUGUUUGUCAUAAAAAAUGGCUGCUCUAAGGAUCCUACCAUUGGCUGGCUACCCACAGAUUCGAGCAGACGUGUAAAUGUCUCUUCCCUAAUCUUCUGCUUCCUAGAGCAACCAGGGUAUACAGCUUUAUUUGUGGACAAUGUGCUGAAAUUCCUCACAGAAGCUGGCCACAAUAUUUUGGACGACCACUUCCUCAGACAGCUAGCACAGAAAAAAAGAGACAGUUUAUCUCAAUUAGAAAGUCAAAGACUCAGUGAUGCUACACUUCUUAUUGGCAUGAUGGAAAUUUAUACUGAACCGGAGUUUUCAAGGAAAUAUCGACAGUUCAACAGAUAUCCCCCUGGGUUUUUGGAAGCAAAUGAAGUUCAUUUGAAAGCGCUGGUGGUCAAAAAGUACCUUGUUGAGUCCUCUCAAGCGAGGUCAUUGGCAUUUCUGUGCCGCUUGAGGAUCAGGAAUCGCUUGAGUAAGCUUCAUCAACACCGAGCCCUGAGUCUGGUGGUGCCAAAGUUGGAGGUGCCAGUAACAUUGAAGGAAUAUAUCAUGAUGGAAGAUGUAAGGAUUGAGAAGGAACUUUUGAUACCAGACGACUCCUAGGAUUCUUGAGUGGUGACAAUGAGCCUGUCCCCACCCCUGUGGCAUGGGGGGAUAGUAUUAAGUAGACCCUUUGUGCACACCAGCAUAAAUGGGUGUGUGUGUGUAUACAUGUGCGUGUGUAUCUGUGAGAGGGAGAGGGAGAGGGAGAGGGAGAGAGAGAGAGAGAGAGAGAGAUUAGCUGUGCUCAGACGCACAGGUGUAAUAUUUACUCAGAUGCAAAAGUGCAAUAUUUACUGUCUUCUUUACUUUUCCCACUGGCAUGUGUUUGUUUAUAGAUGAACAGUUUUGCAACAAAAUGCAAUUUUACUCAUUUUUGAGAAAAAUGAAAAUUUCUGUUCUUUACCUAUACUGAACAAACCAUAGCAACUUUGUGUUUAGGGUAAAGAUGAUAUAAACCUUAAGUUAAGGCUUCACUGAUAUUUAUUGUGUAAUGGAAUCAUAUGUUGGAUUCUAGGCCUUUUAAUUGAUGAGAUUUCCCCUUCAAAAAUAGACAAAAUGCUACAUUUCAUCCUUGGUACUUUACAAAAUGAGACAAAAUCAUGUAAAAUGAAUUCCCAUUCAUACGAAUAAUUGUAAAACAGCUUUGGGUCUGGCCGGAGGAUGAUUAAUGAUUCAGGGACCCAUAACCGGUGUUUUUUUAAAGAAAAGCUGAAUAAAUUUCUAAAUUCUUUCUACACCAAACCAUUAAUAUGCAACUUGCUUCCCGUUGCUAUAUAUUUAACAAAAAGAGACAACUUUUAAAACUUGAUAAACCCUGAAGUGCAAUCAUAUGAUUUACAAUAAUCAGGGCUAAAACUAACUGCCAAUAAAUUUACGUCUAUUUCAAGUGACGUCAUGUGACCCAUGGAAAGUAUCUGAUUGUUAGGCAGAAGAUGUCUAGCUUUGUCAAGAAAUGUUGACACCUUUUGUUGCAGCUUAUUUUUUGAAAUAUCAUUUACUACAGUUCUUUAGAAAAAUGGAAAAUUAUGAUUUGUGAAAAAAUGUGUUAAUGUUGAAAUUUGUCUCAUCUUGUCCGAUACGAUGGUUCCAGAUUUGACAAAACUUCACAAAUGGCAUUUGUGUUGCAAAAUUGUUCAUUGUUCGUAGAGGAGGGGCCACUAAACUACAGUCCCGUGGGCCAGGUCCAGCUUGUGAGGUCAACCCAUCUGGCCUGCGUACAGCGAAGUGGUCGGGAACGACUUUCCAAGUCAAUUGAGUUCAAGAGCUCGGUGAGGUUGUAAUUGGUGCACGUGUAAAGGAAAGUAGUCAGUGGCGCCCCAAAAUACCUGCUUGUGUGGGAAAAUGUUUCACUUGGCUACCGGAAAAAUGUUGCACAUAUGUAAGAUUUUUCUUUUUGUUUCAUUGUACUCAGUGUAUUUGUCUCUUUGUUUGUUUUUAUAUCAACCUCAUCAGAAAGGCUUGAUCAAUUCCUUCAAGUACAGGUUUUUGGUGUCUCGUAAGUUUACAUGUUCCUCGAUCCAUGGCAGCUCUCAUCUCAUAUUUAUCAUUGUCUUCCCAAAAAGUUGAAUGAGGGAUUGGUGCUAUAGGCCUACUAUUUUCGCUGUAAAGAUCCACCCUAUUUUUCCCCUCUUCAACUUCCCCAGUCAACUGCGGUGUGGUUUAACAGUUUAACCAUUUUUCAUCGAUGCCAUAACAAUGUAUUGACUGAGCUCCAAGAUUAUGGCUAAUGUUGAAAACUCCAGGUGUAUUGGUAUACAAUGGACUAUGCUAAAGCCUACAUAGUGUAAAAGCACACUUUACUUAAAUACAGACCUGUGUCAUAUGACAGAAGGUUUGGUAGAUAGUUUGUGAAAAAAAUACACUAGGGCCUGCUGCUAUGGUCUGGCAUGACUUUCGCUGCCAGUGUGGGCCCACAGACCUGAGCACAGCUGGGUGCGUAUACUGUCACUAUCGCUUCAACUGAUCUGUAGUUGGGAAGGGAUAUUAUGGCAUUGUCCUCGCAAAAUGGCUUUAUGUCCAUGGUGGUUCACUUGCAGUAGGCCCUAUGCAAUGCGUUAUCUGCAAUAAGUGUAAAUUAUGAUCCACUGUGCUGCGAGAUCAGUGGUCCUUUGGACUGGCAUACAGGUAGAUAAAAGUUAUUUGCAAAAAUGCACAAACCUACAUCAGCUGGGCUUGUUUUCUCUACUCUUGACUUUGGUGAUUCCGAAGUUACUUAUAAGUGAUCGGUGGAUACGGGUUCGUUCGUUUAUUUUUACGAAUAAAAAUAAUGGGGUCAUCCUUCUUUCGGUGAAUCCUUGUUCGUUGAAUGAGAGUUUUUAAGCCUUUUUCAAAUUCAUUCAAAUGAUAAAGAGUUGUUUUUUUUUAAUUUCGUUGAAGUAGCAUUGAUAUAUCUUGCAACAUUUAGAAGCUAGACUGAUGUGAAUAGUUACAAUGGAUUAAAAUGAUCUAAUUGUCACUGGGAAUUUUGACAAGAUUCAGUGUACAUUAGCCUACAUAUUUUUAUGGGUAGAGUGUGAGGAGAGGUGUAUCUGUGGUGAAUAAUAAUAGUCAGAAUUAUAGAUUUCUUUCAUUUGCUAAGAAAUUGUGCAGUUAUUUUCCUCCUACACGUCGCCAUCUCACAAGACUUCUAUGUAUUGAAAUAAAUGGGUUUAUUAAGGACUUCUUUUUUAACUCACAGUUUAUUGAAGAGGUGGUAACUGACCGUUUGGGGAGUGUCUGGGUUUUGCUGUUGUUUAAGUGGAUAGUAGGAUCAGACUACAGUUCGGAUGACAGGGACUUUUAAUUUUACAUAAUUGUAUAGGGACUUUUUAAAGCCUUCCAUCCACUCUUACCACAGAAAAAGGUUUCUUUGUGUUAAGAGAUGAGUGAAGUCUACACAGCACUGUUUUUGUUGGGUUCACAGGCACAAUAUACAAAUGACAGAAUUGAGGGUUUUUAAAAUUUUACAAACACUGACAUUGCUGUGUGAAUACUGAAGAAACUGCAUUGUCUCUCCAGGUUUUAUCUAGUCAUUUUAGUAAAACAUUGUUUAGUGCCUUCAUAUGUCCUGGUUUUGGUUGUGUUGACUUGCAAAAAAUUGUGGUACAUUUAUUGAGUUCAGAGAAGCAUUAAUGUACUGUUUAUUUGUUCGCCUAUUACCACUGCUGUGAUGCUUAUCAGAACAUAUUUUGUGUGUGUGUGUGUGUGUGUGUGUGUGUGUGUGUGUGUGUGUGUGUGUGUGUGUGUGUGUGCAUGGGUGUUUGUGCUCAUGGGCUAGUGAUGCUGGUGUGCAUGUGCACAAGUUGCACAAGUACAGUGGAACUCGAAUUCAACGAGGUCGCCAGGUGUGACCUAAAAUCUCGUUGAAUCUAAGUGUUCGUUAUACACAGCGCCGAAUCAGCGGUCGUUUAGUUUUGCCAGGCCGUACGCUGCUAGGUCAGCGUGACCGGGGUCAGCUACCGGUCAGUCUACCUGCGCUCACUCCACGCGCGGGGUUACAUACCACGGCAAUUUUACACAGUUUUGUUUCAACGCUCACCAAAUAAAGAAAAACUAUCAACAGACACAAAUUGUUUCAUCAAUGAGUUUCUAUUUUUAAAAUUAAUGUAUAGUUUGUGAAAACGCAACGAAGAUAUCUGGAAUAGUUUGUCAACAACAUGUGAUCAAAGACAGCCACUCUUCUCUGUGGUAAUUAAGGUUAUAUACACCGAAUUAAAAGUUAUAUAACAACUAAAGUAGUCAGUGAAAUUCUCUAAAUAAAUAGCUCAGAAUAAAGACAACCCAAGUGGGCAUCUACUCACCAAAUGGCAUCAAAGUCAGCUUUAGGUAUCAAGCACCACAGGCAUGGGUGCGUUCCUUGUGGACUCGACAGACCGUACAUUUUGCACAUGUAAUCAUAAUCUCCAUUGACGAAGAUUUUCAGCCUUUUCCCCCUCCAUGUAUGUGCCGAUAAUGAUGCGAUGUCAUCUCCAAGACCCCCAGCUAAAAAAAACUUUACGAUGUUUUCAUGUGUGUAUUUUACUGCGGCUGUAGCAAUGACUAUUGUGUGUUGUUUAGCAUUGGGCUUGGAUGUAUUGACUGUCUGAAGUGUCAUUUUGAACGAGUUUUUGCCAUGCCCCCCCCCUCCCCCCCAGUUUCGAUCCACACUUCCUCUUGUGGUAUUGUGUCAGGCCACACAAGGGGGUCAUUCCCAACAUACUCAUCUAACAGGCUAUCAACAAAUGAGGAUAAAUUCUUAAUACGGCCGUAGGGGACACCCUGUUCUUUUCCCUGGUUGUCAAGAAACAUUCUGUUCUCAACUUCUACAGUGUCAUAGGUCUUAAGGUGGCACUUGUGGCAAAUAAACCUCGAAUGUUUGUCA